UACACCGGACAGGGUCACCUGUGUGACUGCAGGACCUGCCUGCUCUGCCUUGUGCAGCACUGGAAGAAAAAGUGUGUGACUAUGGCAAAACGUCACAUGGCUUCUGCCGAAAUUGUAGUGCUGACCUCAGACUCCGCCUCUAGCGAAGGAGAUUCUAAUGAGCACAUUCAAGAUCGCUAUCACGAGGAAUCCUCCGAUGUCUUCAGCGAUGCAGAAUCUGAUCCCCUGCACAAAAAAUCAAAACACGGAACCACAGUGAAGCUUCAAAACCACGUAGAAGAUAUGAAUGCAAACCUUAGCCACGUUUCUCAAAAAACAUUUAGGGAUGAUGCAUGCGAUGAUGGACAGUCAGAGCCUCUGUUCAAUUGGACAGUGCCCAAUGUGACCCAACCUGUGCUGCCUCCUUUCACAGCAACCUGGGGGUGUAGGGUUCAUGCCGAUGGUGUUUUACCCAUUAACUAUUUCCAGUUGUUCCUGGAUGAUGAGUUCUUUGAGAACUGCGUCCAAAAAAUCAACUGUUAUGCAGAGCAAUAUUUUUUAGAACAAGAAAAAGAAAAGGAUGGUGGUCUUGAAUCCAGCCAGUGGACACCAACCGAUCUCUCUGAGGUGCAAACGUUUUGGGGUCUCACUCUAAACUUGGGCAUUGUCCAAAUGCCAAGUUUUGAGUCCUUCUGGUCUGAAAACCCUAUAUAUAACACGCCUAUUUUCAUGGAGACAAUGUGUCAUCAUAGAUUUUUGCUGUUGCAGAAGUUUUUGCAUUACAAUGAUAAUACGUUGGCUCUACCUCCAGACCAUCCUGAAUUUGACCAUCUGUUUAAGGUGCGGCCUUUCCUUGACCAUCUACUGAAGAGGUUUCAAGAGGUCUACAUCCCAGGACAGAAUCUAGUGGUGGAUGGGUCUUUGCCCAGUUAUAAAGGCCGUAGAGUCUGCAGGGAAUAUUUUACAGAGGAUGAAAUAUUUUGGAAGCUACACAGACUUUGUGAAAGCUCGACCGGUUACACCUAUCGAUUUAGGGUGUGCAUUAACGAGGUUUCUGACCUGGUUUGGUCUGAAUGCUUUUUGGAUUUUGGUAUCGUUGAGGAAAUUGUUGACGACCUUGUGAAUCCUCUCUACAACCAAGGCUACCACUUGUACAUGAACCAAACAUACAGCAACCCUGCUUUGUUCAGAUUGCUGUACACUAAGGGAACGUUGGCAUGUGGAACAAUCCAUCGUUCUAACAAGGGGUUUCCACAAGAACUCAAGGUUAAAAAGCAGAAGAAAGGUGAAACCACCGUACUGCGCUGUGAAGAACUUCUUGCUGUAAAAUACAAAGGAAGUAAAGAUCAGUGUCUUCUGACAACGAUACACGAUGAAAGCACAUUGGAGGUGGAAGAAAAUGUCACCCAACCAAAGUGUCUCUUAGACCACAACUACUACAUGUCGGAAGUGGAAAGGUCGGGGGAAAGGCUAGAAUCAUUUAUUGGUGAUUUUAAGGACAUGGUGUGGUAUGAAAAGUUGGUACUUUAUUUGGUUCAGCUCUCCAUGUUCAAUGCCUAUGUGGUGUAUCGCCAAAAAACAACUGCUGAGGAGCGCCUAUCCUUUCGAAAAUUUCAGGAAUCGAUCAUAAGAAGCCUUCUUGGGAUGGAAGCAGAGGAAAGACUAGUUGGGAGGCACUUUCCUUAUCCGAUACCUCAAACCACAAAUGCACGCCCGGCAGGGAGAUGUCGGGUAUGUGCUCGGCACGGAUUGCAUAAGGAUACGUGUUUCUACUGCCCGCAUUGCUCCUUGAAGCCAGCGCUUUGUAUAGGAACCUGCUUCGAGGAUUAUCAUACAAAAGAAACUUAUUAGUAUCUGGACAGCAACUGGUGUUCUGCUUGAGAUUACUGUUUUGAGUAAUUUUUGUUGUGUUUGUUGUGUUUUUAUUGAUUGUUUUAAAGAGGAAGUAAAGGCAAAAAAAACCCUGCAAGACAUAUUGAGCUAAUGAGUAAUGUGUACUCACCUCCGAUCGAAGCCCCCACAGCUGUCCUCGUACACCGCUUGGGCGGCCGACAUCUUUCCCGAGGGUUACUUCUUGGUAUCGCGGCUCCGGCAAUGUGAUUGGCUGGAGCCGCAAUGACGUCACUUCCGCAUUCGUGCAGAAGCCGCCAAUCACGGCCUCCUUUAGGAACGGCAUGAUCGCCAUUGCUAAAGUGCGCGUAGACAUCGGCGCCCAUAAUUUUAGUAAAUAUCUCCUAAACCGUGGAGGUUUAGGUAGAUGUUUCAAGCACCU